AACGCAGAGUUCAUUCGUAUCGGACUUGAACUUCGUCUUCUUAUUUUCAUACUGUAGCUCUGGAAGACCAAAUCUAUAUUACCUAACUCUCGUUCUCUCCGUUUCUUCGUCCUCGAAUUCUCCUCACUUCUACAAUUCUCUUCCACGGACGUUGUUACUCUGCUGACUUGUUCUUCGAUUGUUCUCGCCGAUCGCCGUCUGAUGGGUUCUAUCUCGCACUCAAUUGGUCCCAAACUCGGUUUCCAUCACCAGGUAUCGCACUGUUCCCCUGGACUGUUUGGUUUGAGUCGUGGUAAAUUUUUGAGCCUGAGUUCGAGGAAGCAUUUUGGGAGAAUCCACGCCUCCAUUGAUGUUAAGGAUGGACGCAAGAUCGAAGUGAUUGAUUUUAGUGAUCCUGAUUGGAAAUUGAAGUAUCAGGCGGACUUUGAAAAACGCUUUAAUCUCCCGCACAUUACCGACGUUUUCGGAGACGCUGUUCCUAUUCCUUCUACUUUUUGUCUUAGGAUGAGGUCACCUGUUUCGGACGUCUUUCCUGGAGUUUAUCCGUCAGAUGAAGAGUGGCACGGAUACAUAAAUAACAACGAUCGCGUACUUCUCAAGGUCAUAAAUUACUCAUCACCUACGUCUGCCGGUGCUGAGUGCAUUGACCCCAAUUGUACAUGGGUAGAACAAUGGGUUCAUCGUGCUGGGCCUCGAGAGAAAAUAUACUUUAAACCAGAAGAAGUGAAAGCAGCAAUUGUGACUUGUGGAGGACUCUGUCCUGGUCUUAAUGAUGUUAUCAGACAGAUUGUAAUCACACUCGAAAUUUAUGGUGUGAAGAAGAUAGUUGGGAUUCCCUUUGGAUAUCGUGGAUUCUCUGACAAAGAACUGACUGAAAUGCCUCUAUCCAGAAAAGUGGUUCAGAACAUUCAUCUUUCUGGUGGGAGUUUGUUAGGAGUCUCACGUGGAGGUCCUGGGAUUGGCGAAAUUGUGGACAACUUGCAGGAAAGGGGAAUUGAUAUGCUUUUUGUUUUGGGUGGAAACGGCACUCAUGCCGGGGCCAAUGCUAUACACAAUGAGUGUCGGAAAAGACGGUUAAAGGUGGCAGUGGUCGGUGUUCCAAAAACUAUAGACAAUGAUAUUUUAUUGAUGGAUAAAACAUUUGGUUUCGAUACUGCUGUUGAAGAAGCACAAAGAGCAAUAAACUCUGCCUACAUUGAGGCACACAGUGCUUAUCACGGAGUUGGCAUUGUGAAAUUGAUGGGUCGCAGCAGUGGAUUUAUAGCAAUGCAUGCAGCACUUGCCAGUGGGCAGAUUGAUGUAUGCUUGGUCCCUGAGGUUCCUUUCCAUCUCCAUGGGCCCCAUGGAGUUCUACGCCAUCUGAAAUAUCUGAUAGAGACAAAGGGAUCUGCUGUGGUCUGCGUGGCUGAGGGAGCAGGGCAGAAUUUGCUACAAAAGACAAAUGCUACCGAUGCAUCUGGGAACAUUGUACUGAGUGAUAUUGGCGUAUAUAUUCAACAAGAGAUGAAGAAAUACUUCCAGGAGCUUAGUACUCCAGUUGAUGUGAAGUAUAUUGAUCCGACAUAUAUGAUUCGUGCAUGUCGUGCAAAUGCUUCCGAUGGGAUCUUGUGCACUGUAUUAGGGCAGAAUGCAGUCCACGGCGCAUUUGCUGGAUACAGUGGCAUCACAGUAGGAAUCUGUAACACGCAUUACGUCUACCUUCCCAUCCCUGAAGUGAUUUCGCAUCCCAGAAUAUUGGACCCGAAUAGCCGAAUGUGGCACCGAUGUCUAACUUCGACAGGUCAACCAGAUUUUAUCUAAUCAUUUUCAUUUAAUUUAUGCAAGAGACUGAAGGAACAAAGGGUUCCAGAAAAAUGAGGAGGGAGCGCACGCAGUUAGCUUCAGGUUUUUUUCUGUUUGCUUUUGUUAAUUUAGGCCAAUGCCUUCGGUAGAAUAAAUAACUCUGUGAGAAACUGUUAAGUGUAUAGAGCAUUAGUACUUGAGAAGAUUCAUCGAUAAUAAAGAAAACACGGAGGAGAAAAAAAACUAAAUUCUCGCAGCAUUGCUGCAUAGUAUUUGUUAAUUGUAUCUCAGAAACAUUGGUCAUUUAAUUAUUCUUGCAGAAAAUGCAAAUUAUGAAGAGGGCUGAUAUAUUUAAUACAAAACAUUUCCUAGGCAAGGGCCGAUA